AUGCACAAACCCAUGCCGUGUCAAAUGCAACAAGAGACCCAGAAUGAGUUCCACGCUCAGACAGUGAGGAUCCGAGGGCCCAGUGAGGCUCCAACUGGGCCAGAGAGCUCCAAGAAAAAGAAAGGAAGCGUUGUCAAAUCCGGCCGUAGAGGGAGACCCUCGGGGACCACAAAGUCAGCCGGUUACCGGACAAGCACCGGACGUCCGUUGGGGACCACGAAAGCUGCGGGGUUCAAGACCAGUCCCGGCAGGCCUCUGGGUACAACCAAAGCAGCAGGCUACAAGGUUAGCCCUGGCAGGCCUCCUGGUAGCAUCAAGACUCUGGCUCGGCUCAAGAAACUGGAGUACGGGAGCUGUGAUGGUACCAAGAAACUAGACUUCAGUAACUGCGGCGGCGGAGCAAAGAAACUGGACUAUGCCAGCUGCGAAGUGGCACCUUUCCCUUACACCCUGAUGCAGAAACGAGGCUUGCGUGAGCCUACUGGCAAAAUGGAGGAAACUAACGAGUAG